AUGAUAUUAAAUAGAGAAGAAGUUAAUAUGAGUAAAGCAGCAAUAAUUGUAAACAAUAUCCCAGCAGAAUUUGCAGCAGUAUUUGCAGCAUUGGUGACAGAACUACUAAUGGGCGAAACAGCUGGAUCUAAACUAGAUGAAACAUUAGGAAUUCAAGGAGUUGGGAUUGAAGGAAUUGGAAUAUCGAGACGGUUUUGA